AUGGCGCUGAGCAACCUGCUCUUCGCCCAGUGCGUCGGCUACUUCCUGGCCUUCCUCUGCAGCUUCGUGGUGGUGGUGCCGCUGUCCGAGAACAGCAACGACUGCCACGGCCGCUGCCUGCUCUUCACCGAGGGCAUGUGGCUCAGCGCCAACCUGACGGCGGAGCGGCAGCGCUUCACCGUGCAGGAGUGGGGGCCCCCGGCCGCCUGCCGCUUCAGCGUCUUCGCCGGGCUGCUCUCGCUGCUGCUGGCCGCCGCGCAGGCCUGGCGGACGCUCUUCUUCCUCUGCAAGGGCCACGAGGACUCUUUCUUUUAUGCCUUCCUGAAUCUGCUGAUCAGCGUCUUUGUGGUUUUUGUCAUCUUUAUUGCUAGCACUAUAGUGAGCGUAGGAUUUAACAUGUGGUGUGAUGCUGUUACCGAAAAAGGAAGCAUGCCAAAUAGCUGUGAAGAACUACAGGAUAUAGAUCUUGAACUGAAUUUAGAAACCUCUGCCUUCUAUGAUCAGUUUGCUAUCGCACAGUUUGGUCUCUGGGCUGCCUGGCUGACUUGGCUGGGAAUUACCAUUUUGGCCUUCCUGAAGGUUUAUCACAACUACAGGCAGGAAGAUCUGCUAGACAGCCUGAUCCAUGAGAAGGAGCUGCUGCUAGGACGAUCCUCUUCACGAACCUUUUUGCAGGAUGAGAAAAGUGGCAUGAUCUAAUGUGUAAGCCACUCGACGGUGCAGGUUGUAAAUUUUAUAAUUCAUUAUCACAAGCUGAAAUCAAGAGAAUUGGUGAGUGUGUGAAAUCAUUGCUUUCCUGAACUGAAAUUUAAUUUAGAAUUACAGUCCUUUAAUGAGAAAUUGUCAGAAGCCAUAUUUCUGUUAGGAUAUAGACAAUGAACUGUAUAAUACAGUAGACUUACUUUCCUGUACAUACUGGGAGCAGAACUAACUAUACCUGUGUAUGAAGAUGGUUGUCGCUGUCAGGGUUCUAGCAUGCUUUUCCUGAUUAUUGAGGGAAGGAUGUUUUCUGAGAACUGUGGUAGCAAAACCUUGCUAAAGACCACCCCUGUAAUGUAGUUUGUAGCAUGAUUUUAACAUUGUUCUAGCUAGCACUGUUCUGACCUAUGUAUGGACAGGGCCUUUGCUACCCCCAAAUUUGUUGUAUACAUACAAAAUAUUGACAGCAAUUUUAUAAUCCCUGCUCCCAUUGAUUUGAUCACUUUAGAACAUAUGGAGCUGUGUACCUGACUAUAUACUUAAUGUUACAUAGAGUGAAAUUCAUACAAUGACAGGUUAUUACAGCAUCUUAAACAUACUGUAUAUUUUUGGAGGGAUCGUAGAGCCUAUUUAUAUUUAUGUUUCAUCUUAGACUUUGGCAUGGCAAGCAUUUAUUACUGCUUUGUAAAAUGUAGUCUAGCGGGCAGUAACUGCAGCUUGCAUAAUAAGAGAUUAAUCUUAAUAUAUUAUA